CCUUCUCAACAGCAAACCUGCCAGUCAUGAUUUUGUCAACAGUUCUGGCACUAGUGCUCUAUGGUGGUCCAUUUGCUGCGAUUCCAACCUGCUUAUUAGUGUUUCUCAUCUCGUUUCGGCUUUGGGCUUUCACUAUUAAGCCAAUUUUAAACCCAAACGAGCCAAAAGAACUGCCGUAUUGGAUACCUAGCCACGCCCUUGAGUUCGUCAAGAAUGGAGAUGGCGUCAUUACAAGAGCCCAAAAAUAUUUCAAAAAUCAACGUGAACCAUUCGCUCUCACUGUCGGGGGGCAGAAGUUGUACUUUGUAUCCUCUCCCGACGAUACAGUGGCCCUAUACAGAAACUCAGCAACGCUCUCUGUUGAUAAAGUCGUAUACGAUGUGACUAAUAUCUUCGGAGUGUCCAAAGCUUCUUGCGACAAGUUCUACGAGGCUCCUGAAUCGAGGGAUGCGGAUCUUGCAGCACAAGCCAUUGAUAUGAAUAACGCUGACUUGAAACCACUUGCGCACCUUAAUAUGAUCUUUUGGAAAGAACAGCUCGUGCCUGGUCCCAGAUACAACGAAAUGUUGGCAAAGGUGUCUGCGUCGAUAUCUUCUCAAGUUCACAAACUAUCAGGACGGUACACUAGAUCGACUGAGAAGGAUGGUUCGAAGAUCGUUUCUCUAUUGGAACUUACCCGAGAGGUUCUCAUCGAUGCGGUCUUGAGAGCAUUUUUCGGAGACUCACUUAUGGAGCUCAAUCCAAAUGUAAUUGAUGACUCGAUGCAAUUCGACAAAGAAAGCUGGAAGCUUUGGUACAAGGUGGCGGGGGCUAGGAGUAUGUUACAGGCGAAACAAAGAUUAUUAGAAACAACGCAGACUUGGCUCAGCCUUCCGGAGGAGAGACGUGAAGGAGCUUGUGAUUUAGUCAAGCGAUUGAUUGUCACCGAAAGAGCGGUCCAUUUUCCAGAGAAAGACAUUGCUGAGAUGAUGUCAAUCGUUAUCUUCGCGACAAACACAAACACGUACAAGGCAGCCUUCUGGGCUCUAGCUCAUCUUGUUGAAGAUCCACAGCUGUUGCAGCGGCUCCGCUCAGGGGAAGUUGCAGCAGCUGCAAAGCUUGAUGAGUCUGAAUACCUGCAAUUUCUCGCAGAUUCUUGUCCGUUACUGACUUCGCUAUUCGCGGAGUCAUUGCGUGUAUACACGAAUUCUCACUCAAAAAUGAUCCCGGUUAAUGCUCGAGUGAUGGUACCUUAUCGACAGAUGCACAUGCAUGAUGUUGUAUGGGGAGAUUCUCAAGUCUUUGAUGCAGAGCGUUUCGAACGGAACCCGAAGAUGCUCUCCAGUACGAGCUUGAGACCCUUUGGAGGGGGACAUACGUAUUGCCCAGGAAGAUUCUUAGCUAAAGCAGAGGUAUUGAUCUUGAUUACAAGACUUUUAAGCUUGUACGACAUCGAAAAGAUCGAUGACAAAGGCUUUCCGCAAGCGGAUUUGGGAACUCCAGUAGCGGGACUCAUGGGUCCGCUGGACGGCGAGGAUGUCCUACUCAAAUUGACGCCCAGACUCCAUUCGUGA